AUGAACUAGUAUCUAUGUCAUUUUUUCAAGUGAACACCAAAUACUCGACGACUAAUUCUUAUUUCGGUAUGCAUGAUCUUAUAGUUGAUUUGGCUAGAGCUGUUUUUGGAAAAUAUUGUUGUUUGUUAGAGCAUAAUGAAGAUACUGAUAAGUUUGAGAAGAAGACUCGUCACCUUGGAUGUGCCACGGAAGUCCUUUGUUAUGGUGAUAAGAUAUCUACUUAUGAUUUUAAAGCUACUCGUUUGCGAACCCUUUUGUCAAUAAGGUCUCGUUUUGGUGUUUCAUUGGUUCAUCAAUUUAAUUUUUCAGUGCACGAUUUGAUGCCGAAGUUUAAAUGUUUGAAAGUUUUAUCUUUUCGUGGUUGUGGUAUCACUGAUUUGGCUGAUUCAAUCGGUGAUCUAAAAUAUCUUCGCUAUUUAGACCUUUCUGGCAACAAGAUAGUGAUAUUGCCCGAAUCUGUAACUAUAUUGUACAAUUUACAGACAUUGAAAUUAGAAAAUUGUUAUCUACUUGAAACUCUCCCCAAAGAUAUGCAUCAUCUCAUUAAUUUGAGACAUCUUAUUAUCAGCAACGCUAGCCUAGUAGAGAUGCCAAGUCAAAUAAGUAAAUUGACGAAACUCCAAAUGUUGACAACAUUCGUUGUGGGAAAGGAUAGUGGUGCUAAAAUAGAAGAGUUGGCAAAACUUCCAAGUCUACGAGGAGAACUUUCCAUUAAGAAGUUAGAAAAUGUGGCCAAUAUUACAAAAGCAUUGGAUCAAGUCAAUGUACUGGAUAAGAAGCAACUUGAGAAAUUGAGUUUGGUAUGGAAUGCUAAUGUUGUUGAUCCAAAACAUGGAGAGAGUGUGCUUGAAAUGCUUUCACCUAACACAACGUUGAAGCAGAUCGAGAUUCUUGGUUAUCCAGGCACAAAAUUUCCAAAUUGGAUUGGGGAUGAUUCGUUCAACAACAUUGUUUACAUAAAGCUUAGUGGGAGUCGGCAUUGCUCCAAUUUACCACCACUUGGGCAACUGCCUUCACUAAAAAUUCUUCACAUUUUAAGUUUUGAUUCAGUAACGACUGUGGGUGCUGAGUUUUACGGGAAUAGUUCUGCGAAGAAGAAGCCAUUUUCAUCAUUGGAAAUCUUAAUUUUCGUGAACAUGUCAGCAUGGAAGCAAUGGCACUCAAUGCAAACUGAAGAUGAUGCAGCAACAUACAGAAAGCUCAAAACACUUGGGAUUUAUAAUUGUCCUAAGCUCACCGGGGAAUUGCCUCACUUCCUUCCUUCAUUAACAAAGAUUGAAAUUGAUGCAGAUAAGCUGUGUGCUUUAAAUAUCCCAAGAUUACCUUGUGUCACAGAAAUGAGAAUUACAAACUUGGAAAAUGUGGAAUCAUUGUACGAGGCAAUAAAGGCAAUGAAUCCUUCUUCUUCGACUGGAAGUUUGCUUACCACUCUCACUCCUCUUCAGUCACUUACUUUGAGUAGGUGUGGGUCAUCCUUUAGAUCCUUCCAUAUGGAUUUAUUUCCCACUCUCCGAACUCUUUCAAUAAACAACUGCGAUUACUUUGAAGCCCUCUCAAUGUCCGAUGGUCAAUGUCAAGAACUAACUUUUCUGUCUAUCUCUUGUUGUCGUAGCUUUGUGUCUUUCCCAAAUCGUGGACUCAUUGCUCCCAAACUGAGAGAAUUUUAUAUUUUUCUUUGCCCUAAAUUGAAGUGGUUGCCAGAGAAGAUGACUUCCCUCUCAUCUUUGAAAUCUUUGACAAUCGAAAAUUGUUCAUUGAUAAAGACUAUUCCUGAAGGUGGUCUGCCCAUUAGUUUGUCUACACUUGGGAUAAACUAUCAUCAACUUUUGAGGAUGAAAUGGAAUGGGCAAACAUUACCCAAUCUCAGGGAUGUUACAGUUGAAGGAUAUAAAGAAGAUUUGGAAUCAUUUCCGGAGGAAGGACUACUGCCUGCCACUAUCACCACUCUUCGUAUCUGUAGCUUUCCAAAACUUAGAGGCCUGGACAAAAAUGGGCUGAGUCAACUCACUUCCUUGCAACAACUUCACAUCAGGUGGUGCCAUGAGUUGCAGACAUUAUCAGAAGAAGGGUUUCCAACAUCCCUCAGCUCUUUGAGUAUAACUGGUUGUCCUCUGCUGGAGAAAAUUUACGACCCAAAGGAGAGUGAGAAUAAGGAGUACUAGAGAAAGAUUAGUCAUAUACCACGUGUCGAAUUUGAUUGAGCUUGCAUUUACCAUACGUCACAUCCAAUCUUUCACACAACUACUCUGAAUGUUAAAUCAAAUAAUUGAGUUAUUGCAGAAUUACUAUGAGAGCUACAACUGUUGAAAUCCAUAUCAGUUCAGAAUGGACCCAAAAUAUCAAAAUGGGAACUCAGAGUUAUCCAGCUUGCUAUGUAUCAGGGUCAUCAGACAUCAAGAUCUGUCAAUUGUUGCUGUUUUGGAUUAUAAAAUGUGUUAUUUGAUUAUUUGGUCUGAACCAAGUAAACUACUUCUCUUGUUCAUCUUUUACAAUAUAUGCUCUUAAUAAGUUGUUCUUUUGUUAUGCUUGUGAAUAUUUAGAUAAUUUCUAAUUGUAGUAAUGAUGUGUCAAUUAGUUGAUGUUAAUAGUCUUUUUAAAUCUGUAAUUAGUGAUAUUAGUGAUUGAACCUAUAAAUAGCCAAAGUGGAUAGUAGUGGGGGUUAUCUGGCUUUUGUGUUUUGUGAGAAAGUAAAAACUUGGUAUUUGUAACACUUUUGCUUGAUAUCAAUAAAAUACUUUACAAGGAAUUCUUUCAAGUACUGUAAUUCUCUUCCAGGGUCUAUCAAUUAUUAAGGUAAUCUUUCCUAUCUUUGUUUGACACCUUUCGCCAAAUUAUGAGUUUCGCUUUCAAUUAAUGCAUAUAUAUAUCUAUAUGAAACAAGCAAUGUUCUCUCAGGGCUCUGUGGAAAGACGAAUGAAAACGAAGAUUUUAGCUAUAUGCUGACAACUCUAGCUUGAAAGAAACAGUCUUAUCUUUCAUGGCAUCGAAUCAGAGUUGAUGCAGCUGUGGGAAAACGAAAAAGUUCAAUUUUAGGACCCUUUGCAAGCUUCAGCUUCUGGAAACUCAAUCUAUGCAAAGUGUUACAAAAUUCUCAAAUCCAUACCACAAAACUUCAAGCUGAGGUAAGCAUCUAAAU